GUAGGCUAUAUGCGCCAAAUCUAACGGUGAUCCGUAUUGUGAAGGGAUUGUCAUAGGCGGUGCCGGGGACUUGGUGAAAAUGGUACACAACGGCAUCGAGUACGGUGAUAUUCAACUGAUCUGCGCAGCGUGUCACCUGAUGCUGGCGCUGGGCAUGACACGGAAGGAAAUGGCACAGAAGUUCGACGUGUGGAACAAGGGCGUAUUGGAUUCGUUCCUGAUCGAGAUCCCGCACGAUUUUCUGAACGGCAACGUUGAGGGAUAGAUGCUUGAGCUCAUUCGUGACUUGGCCACAAGGAUACGGGCAAAUUGUCGGCGGUUGCCGCCCUGCGCCAUGCCGUUCCCGUGAUGCUAAUUGAUGGAGCGGUCUUUUCCCGCUGCUUAUCUGCUCUGAAAGAUGAGCAUGCUCAGGGCAGCAAUCAACCGGCCGGGCCCAGCACGAAAGGUAUCGUGUGCGCAGGGCUUCAUGUUGCAGCGCGAAGCGGAGAUGGAUCCCAAACAAAUGGACCCCAAACUACGAUUGUAUUGAAUUGAUGUGGCGCUGCGAUUGAAUCAUGUUCAUCAGCAAGAUUCGGAACACUUUUGUGCGCAAUCCACAUAUUACCACGCGUACUCCAUUCUAUUGCUCUGCAGCUGCUUUGCGACUGCCAGUGACUUGCUAAGCUCGUUAGGCUAGCUGAACGAAAAUAGAUAGUGCACAAAUAUUUGGCUGAAAACAUGAUAGUUCAUCGUACUAUAGGAACACGCCAUCACGCAACUACCACGAAAACAAGCACUAAAAUAACCGAAUUGUUGGGCCUAAAGAACAUGAUCGUUCAGUGCACCACAAUGGGAGGGUUGUUUUUUGCUAGUGCUUUCUAUUUCAUGAUGUUCUCGAACGUAUACCACAUAAACAAUUACAUC